AUGGAUUUUAUCAAGAACGCUGUGUCUGGUGGCUCCAAGUCUGAUGAUGCCUCCAAGACCGACUCCAAGACCGACUCCAACAACCAGGAGGACUAUGUCGAUAAGGGUGUUGAAUUCCUCAACAAGCAGGCUGGCUUCAACAUCUCCCGCGACAACCAGGAGAAGGCUACCGACUUUGCCCGCAGCCAGUACGAGAAGCAGACUGGCAACAAGGUCGACCCCAAGAUCUCUAACUAG